AUGUUAUCGAAGCUGAACAGUAGAUGGUGGACUUGUGGUGUAUCUGCGGUGGACUUAUCCGUGCUGGCUGCACGGAGGCAGAUCGUGAUUGAAGCUCCGCUUAUAUCAAGUGCGUGCGUUCACCAAGUCAUAGAUGGUCUUAUGGUUCUAACUGCUCCAAAACCUGUGGAAAUGCAUCCAGUUACCCAUUAA